CUUCCAGUGACAUUGAAGAGCACAAUGGCUAGAUUGUUAAGUGCGCUCUGCUUUCUUUGUUUCGUCGCAUUCGAUACUUGCCUUUCGGUCAACAAGAAUAGAGAACAUCAGCAGAAAGCAAAGCGUACUACUCGGCGAUCUGAUCUGACUACCUUAUGUCCGACGACUGACAACGAAAUUCCACGAAACUGUCAUCAUGCCCUCCAACUUGGCAACUCCCAUAGUGGUGUCUAUGAAAUCGACCCACGUGAUGGCCACGAUUCACUCAAGGUCUACUGUGACAUGAAGACGGACGGUGGAGGAUGGACUGUAAUACAAAGAAGAAAAGACGGAUCAGAAAAUUUUUAUCGCACUUGGACUGAAUAUGAAGAAGGUUUUGGAGAGCUGUACGGCGAGUUCUGGCUUGGACUUGACAAAAUCCAUCGUUUGGCAGUUGACGUUACUCUGCGAAUUGAUAUGAUGGCACCCGAUAGAAGUAAGGCAUAUGCUAGAUACGAAGACUUUACUAUUGGAAACUCGAUUUCCAAGUACGUUAUGUACAUUGGACGAUACCAUGGAACAGCAGGUGACGCGCUAUCGAUUCACAAUGGAAUGAAGUUUACAACCAAAGACCAAGACAAUGACCAGAGCAGCAGGAACUGUGCCCAAUCGUUCUCAGGAGCUUGGUGGUACACAAAGUGUCAUAGCAGCAACUUGAACGGCGUCUACGCAUACGGAAAUUCAAGCAACAAUCUAGUUGUCUGGCGAGGUUUCAAAUACCCGCAGUCUUUGCAAAAAGUAGAAAUGAAACUGAAAUGAACAAGAUCUGAAAAAGAUACAUUCAGUAGACGUUACCUUGCAUGGUUAGAAAAUCUUGACGAAAGAAUGUUGUUCAACUUGGCGCCUAGUGUUUUCAUAUUGCGUUGGUACGAAAAUGCUACCUACUAGAAAUGGUUCACAAAUUGAUGUGUUGGAAAUAAUUAGUGUUAUGUCCGACUGA